UGUCUUAUAGGAAUUGAAAGCAAAACAAGCUAGCUAGCAGCAAGAAUCUGUCCAUGGCGCUCGUUGCCGUGGGAGGCGGCGGCGGCAGCAGCAGCCGGUCCGUCACGGCGGUGCUGGAGGAGAGCGUCGCCGACGUCGGGGCUCUGGUGGAGAAUUGGCGAGUUGAUGAGGAUGGUGGGGAUGAGCCGUUCUCGAUUUUCCUUGAUGGUGGACGAGAGGAGGCUGGUCGGUUCCUGUACGCCGCCGUGGAGCUCCACGGUGCCAUGACGCUCGUCGCGUCGGAUGUUGAGGACGUGCAGCGGCGCGGCAAGUGCCUCGUCAGAGCCCAGGAGGUUCUGGAGGGCGCCAUGCGGAGGCUUGAGCUCGAGCUCGAGCUGCUUUUGGCAGCGGUUCGGUCGAACGCCGUCGACGGCGCCAUCGUCUCCGGCCAUGACGUGGAUGAUGCCGGUGUUGUUGGGUAUAUACGGAUGGUCGCCGAGGCCAUGAUGGCCGCAGGAUACGGCAUGGAGUGCGUCUCCACGUUCAAGUCGCUCCGCCGCGCGGAGUUCGCCGGAGCCGUCCGUGGCCUGCUCGGCUACGCGCCGUCGCAGCACGCGCGCUUCCACAAGCUCACGUGGGACGACGUCGACGGCAAGGUGAAGUCAUGGCACACCGCCGCGGGGUACGCGUUCAACGUCGCCUUCACCGGGGAGAGGAUACUCUGCCACAGCGUGUUCGCCGCCGACGCGGCCGUCGCCGACAAGGUGUUCGAGGGGAUCGCCAGCGACCACGCCGCGGACCUCCUUGCCGUCGCCGAGGCCGCCGUGGCGCGCGCACGCCGCGCACCGGAGCGCCUCUUCCACGUGCUCGACGUCCACGCCACCCUCGCGGAGAUACUUCCGGCGAUCGUGUCCGCCCUUGGGGACAAGUCGGAGGCCACCGCACGCGCCACCGCCGCCCUCCGCAAUGCCGGCGAGGCGGCACGCGGUAUUCUUGUCAACUUCGAGGAGGCGAUCCAGAAGGCGCCGUCCAAGACGGCGACGACCGGCGGCGCCGUCCACCCGCUCACCAGCUACGUCAUGAACUACCUCGUCCUCCUCGCCGACUACGACGACACCCUUGCUCUCCUAUACCAACAAGGGCGAGGCACGCUCAUGAUCACGUCCGGCUCCGGCAGCAACGCCUCACCGGACUCCCCGUCGUCGUCAUCGAACCUUAUUGGUCGGCUGUUGUCCGUGCUGAUGCGCAAGCUGGACGCCAUGGCCGGGAGAUACCGGUCGCUGGCGUUGAGGUCCCUGUUCAUGGCGAACAACACGCACUACGUCGGAAAGAAAGUGUCCGGCAGCAACAAGCUGGAGGGCAUCGUCGGCGACGACUGGACGGAGGCGCAGACGGCGGAGACAAGGCGCCACGUCGACGCGUUCGUGCACGCGGCGUGGCGAGACGUGCUGGUGGUUGGCGGCGACGGUGCCGACGCGGCGGUGAGGGAAGCCGUGGCGACACAGCGGACGUGGGUGGCCGCCGACGACGAGAUGGCCGACGCGUUAAGGUCGGCGGCCGCCGCCGCGGUUGUGCCAGCGUACAAGGCGCUCUAUCGACGGCAUGGCGCCGCCGCCUGGAUGACGCCGGGAGACGUGAACGCGAUGAUUGGCCGGCUGUUCGGCGGUCCGUCGAACGCAGCGAAAGGUGGCAGGCACGUCGCCGGCGGCGGCGGCAGUGCUACGCCGCGACGCCAUCGGUUGCGUCUCACCUCAUCCUCGGACAAACUGGCCUAUGAACAACAGUAGCAUGGCCCAAAUAAUUUGCAAAUUUCCUGUGAUUUUUAUGUUUACUAAAGGCAAAACAUGAAGAGUUUUUAUUUUGUUUACUUCUGCGUAAAAUUUGUAAUCUGCUUUGUACAUUAUUCAAAAUAUAUUGUUGUGGAGACCGGAUAAAUCAGAUUGAA